GUCAUGAUCUGCAUCAUGGCCAAUGCGGUCAACUCCACCAUCCCCAUCACCGUGGAGGUGUUCAAGAAGCACGGCGUGGACAACCCCAAGAAAAUCUUGGCCGUGACCACCCAGAAUGUCAUCAGGGCCAACGCUUUCGUGGCAGAGCUGAAGGGUUUGGACCCGGCUCCAGUCAACUUCCCCAUCAUUGGCGGCUAUGGAGGGAAGCGCAUCCUCCCCGUGAUCUCCCAGCGGACGCCCAAGGUGGACUUCCCCCUGGAUCAGCCGACGGCCCUCACGGGGCGCAUCCAGGAUGCUGGCACGGAGGUGGUCCAGGCGAAAGCAGGGGCAGGCUCUGCCACCUUGUCCAUGGCCUACACGGGCACCCGCUUCGUCUUCUCCAUCGUGGACAUGUUGAACAGCAAGAAGGGAAUCAUCGAGUGCUCCUUUGUGAAGUCCCCGGAGACAGACUGCACCUACUUCUCCACGCUGUUUCUACUGGGGAAACGGGUUGAAGAACCUGGGUAUCGGCCACGAGAAGAUGAUCGCUGA